AUGUUACCUGUUCAGAUGCCAGCUACACAGACUUUGCAUACUAUUUCACAUGAUCAGGCUGCUGUCAUUCCACCCAUUGUCACACCAGUUACCAUUAUUGAGGAUCUUCGUUCUCGUAUGGACAAACUCGAGCAGAGGAUUAGACAGAUGAGAGAUCCUGAUGAGAUGAUUUCGUGGGAUGACCCUGACGAUGUGCCAGUGGCCACUUUGCCGAUCGGUUUUAGGAUGCCUGAUAUAGAGAGAUAUACAAGUGUUGGAUGUCCUCGUAUUCAUCUCAGACUUUAUAGCAUAGUUAUGAGGGCCCUUGGUCUAGAUGAGGCACAGUUGCUCACUUUGUUCCCAUUGUCAUUGAGCGGCACGACACAGAGAUGGUACGCUUCAUUAGAGUCAUCUCGUCAGAGAACUUGGGAGGACUUAGCACAGGAGUUUCUGAGACAGUAUUCAUUCAGUGGUGAUACGAGCUUUACACGUAGAGAGCUUGAGUUUCUUAGACAGAGAUCAGAUGAGCCUGUUUCUUCUUUUAUCUCCCGUUGGAGGGAGAAGGCCAUGGAGAUGAUUGAGCGACCUACUGAGAGAGAUCGGAUGAACAUGUUUUUGAGGAGUUUGCAUCCUAGGUUUGCUCGGCAUUUGACAGGAGUCCCAUUCCAGGAUUUUAGAUCGUUGGUUCAGGCUUUGUUCGAUGUAGAUGAUGGCAUAUCUAGAGGAUUAUGGUCAGAUAUUACUCCUUCCCUAGAUACUGAGGGGAAGGGAGUUAGUGGAUCAUCUGAGGGCUAUGGAGACAUAUGUUCUGUGGACUUUCAGCAUCGACGACCUAGUUAUCAUCCCUAUGCGAGAUCAUUGCAAAUACCCAGGAGUGAUCUCCCACCUUUACAACAUCGUCAUCCUCAAUUAGUUCAGCAGUACCCUUCUAUGCAUCCUCAUACUGUCACCGUACGACCUUCAUUUCAGUUUCAGCGUCCAUAG